CAAGGAAUGACAGCCAGGCAUCAUCGUUAUCUUUGGUUGAGGUGAAAAAUUCGAAGAAGAAAGGUAAGAUUGGCUGGCGAUCAUGGCGAUGAUGAUGCUGAGCUCAACUGCAGGUGGCGGAGCUCUUUCCGCUAAGACAUUCUCCUACAGAUCUUCCCCGCAAUUGGACCGCCGUAAUCCUUCUUCCUCCUCCUCCCUCUUCUCCAGCACUAGACACCGGAGGCGCCAAAAUAAAACCCUCGCUCUUUCAAAUUCUGAUGGAACUUCAUCCGCCGGCGCAUCCACCACCACACCGUCUUCCCGUUUUGGUACUGAGGAUGAAACAACAGUCGAUUUCGUUGGUCAGGGAAAAGUUCCUCUUGAAGGUGUGAUUCAAGUGGAAAAACCUAAUACUUUUGCCUUAAUCAACAAAUGGGGUCGUGUAGGACUGCUUGCUGGUGGAGAUGUUCUUGCUAUACUCUUGUUCUCUGCAAUAGGAAGAUUUAGCCAUGGAUUUUCUGUCUUCGAUUCAGAAACACUACACACAGCUGAUCCUUUUAUUGCUGGGUGGUUUUUGUGUGCUUACUUUCUGGGGGGUUACAGUGAAGAUGGCCGAGGGAUGAAUGGUCCUAAAAAUGCUGUUGUUGCUGCAGCAAAAUCAUGGUCGAUAGGAAUACCUGUGGGAAUUAUUAUUAGGGCACUAAGGGUAGGACAUAUUCCGCAAGCUAGUUUUAUCCUUGUAACCAUGGGAAGCACCGCAGUUUUACUUAUUGGAUGGAGAGCAUUAUUAUUCAACACAUUCUUAAAUAUCGAUAGCAGUAAGAAGAAUGACACAUACAAACAAGGAAACCCAUUUGAAUUAUUCGAGUUGCUGACCUCACUGAUUAGGAGAUGGUAACAACAAUCUCAUUGUUGUUUUAUAUGGUGUUCAUCGGUGAUUGUGCAUAAUUUAUUUAUGCUGCAAUUGGGUUGUUGAGGCUACUUUUCAUUGUGAAUGGUUGAUUGGUUAAGGAUUUUAAAGUAUUACAGGUCUACCAAAUGUAUUCACAUCUAUUGCUUGACUGACAAACAUAAGAAGAAGUUGAAGAAAUACAGAGGAUUUGAUUUGAUUUAUAUUCUGUAAUACAAAACAUGUUGAUAUUAUUAUCCAGAUUUCAUCUUAUAAUGUUUUGUUGCUAUUGAAAACUAAAUCUGGAUUGAAUUAAGGAAGAAGACCAGAUAAGAUCUGAAAAGGGAGAGACAAAGUAAUUAAUUUGGUGGACUCCUUCUAUAUUGUUUUCUUCCUUCCCCAUUAAUUGAUUGUUCUUC